UUCAUUCAUCAGUGUGUGUGCGCGCAAAAACAGCACACGCAUCUGAUCCGACACACUCACGCACAGUCUGACGCGGCGCGCGGAGAGCCGGACGAACGCGCAGCAGCGAACGAGCCUUUAUUCGUGGAUUUAACCGGAUUCUUUCCACAUUUUCCCCCGUGGAUCAAACCCUCGAGCUGAAGAUCCACCGCGCGGAGUUUCCUCUGGAUGUUACGCUCGCGGUCAUGCGCUGAUUUUUGGGAUCUUUCUGGACAUGUUGAUGGAUGUUUGGCACCAGGACUGAUGGAUUUGACAUUAUGGGAGUCUGUCUGUAGGGUGUCAGAUGAACAUUGCAUCUGUUCUGUUGUCUGGAGUUGCUGAUCGUGUCUUAUGGAUCGCCACGGUCAGCGCGGAGGGACCGUCAGACAUCCGGACCUCCCGUCUGGGGCCAUCCUGUCCCUGGAUCAGAUCAAAGCCAUCCGCUCCUGUAACGAGUACACGGAGGGCCCGGCCGUAGCACGCAGACCGGCCCCGGGGCCGCGCACGCCGCCGCGGAAGCACGAGAGGACUCACGAGGUGCUCCUGGUGAACGUGAACAACAACUACGAACACCGGACCGCCCGUCCGCCGGCGCUCAGCCGGUCCACCAGCACGGGGAGCGCCGGGAGCAACAGCAGCACGUCUUCGGAGCAGGGCUUGCUGCCGAAUUACCGCAACAGAGCCGUACGGACUCAGCCGAGCGCAUCCUCGCAUCCGUUCCUCCCACCGGACGCUCCGCUCAAACAGACCCCGGUGGAAAAGCUGGACUCGGCGCAUCUGUACAUCUGCGAGAGCUGCGGGAAAUGUAAGUGCAGCGAGUGUACGGCGCCACGGCCGCUUCCGGCGCGCCUCGCCUGCAACGGACAGUGUCUGUGUUCGGCCGAGAGCGUGGUCGAGCACGGGACGUGCAUGUGUUUGGUGAAGGGCAUUUUCUACCACUGUUCCAACGACGACGACGACGUCGGCGACCCCUGCGCCGACCGGCCGUGUUCGCUGUCGCACCCGCAGUGCUGCUCGCGCUUCCUGUGCAUGGGCCUCAUGUCGGCGCUGUUCCCGUGUCUGCUCUGUUACCUGCCCGCCAAGGCCUGCGUGAAAGCGUGCAACUCGUGCCACGACCGCGUGAACCGGCCCGGCUGCCGCUGCAAGAACUCCAACACCGUUUACUGCAAGCUGCAGAACUGGAACCAAACGCCCGGACACGCGCCGGGAAAACCGUCCUGAGGCCCUCAUAUCGAGAAAUAUGAUUUUAUUAAUAGCUGGGGAAGCUGUAUCGCUGCUGCAGGAUGUGGGAACAGAAAAGGGGGAGGGGUUAUGUUAAUGAGCACAUAUAAGCUCCGCCCCUCCCGGAGGAAUGUGAAAACCACUUGUUUCGUUGCCGUUUUCAGCAGGUUGCCUUACCCGACUGUGUACAGCUACUAUCUAACACCAGAGAGUUCAGCAAUGGUGCUUUGGAAACCAAACCUGUGAAGGACUUUAUUUGCCGGGCCGGACCGUAAAAAUGUAGCCGUUACCGGAUCUCCGUAGCAGGCGCGGUUGUUAUGAAACGGUUUCUACGCAUCUGUUUUUGUUCUCAUUUUGUUGAUGUAAAGAGGAAUUUACGGCUAUUUUUUAAAAGAAAAUGUUAAAACUGUUUAACUUUUUUCGUUGUUGUUGUUGUAAAAAAAAAUAUUUAUUAUGUGAAGCUCUAUUAUUUUAUGAUAUUUAUUGCAAAGGACAGAUUUACUCAUGUCUGAAUAUAACAAAAUAUCAACACUUACUGCAACAUGAAAGAAUGGAGAAACAGAUGGAAACAUGUUAACUUUAAUGCAAAAAUAUACAAAUUAAUGCAAAA